UUUCGUUCGGCUUCGUAGGAUUUCAAUCAUCUUCCACAUGAUAUGCUAGCAUAAUCUGUGCGUAGCGAAUUUUGCUCAACUAAGUCAUUUCAAGACGUGGUUCGCUAACCUCCCCUCUUGCGUGUCAUAGGGUUCGCCGAUCUUACAAUGUGGCGCUGGAACACCACUGGCCUGUGCCACCGCUUGGUGGCCGCAGUGGUGGUUAGGUGGGUCUCCUUCCCGGCCCUGGCCUUUGGCGCACGGCUUGCAGCUCCCGCCGAACUGAGUGGACAGAAGUGCGGCGACUACCAUUCAGAGCAAGCUUGCAGGAAGACCGCGAACUGCGGUUGGGACGCGCUCCGAAGUCGGUGUACACUGCCCUGGAGUGUGCUCGGAUGGGGCCCCCAGGAUGUCGCGCAAGGUGAUCUUGGAAGCUGUCGGCGGAUUUCCUUGCCACUUUGGGUUCCAUAGCACACUACCAGCCUCACCUCAUCGGUCGCAUCUUCCAGAGGCACGAUCUUUGGGAAGGACACAACCCCGUUUACGUCACGCGAUGGCUUGUGACAGGCCGCCCAGUUGUCGUCGCUGUGGAUGGAUGGUUUCCUGCCUGGGACGGUUGGCCUACUUUCGCCUCUUACGGUCCCCAGCGGAAGAUUUGGCCCAUGAUCUUGGAGAAGGCGUGGGCGAAGAUUUUCGGAAGUUAUAAGCGCAUCGAAAGCGGAUUCGCCGUUGAGGCCAUCAAAGCGUUGACGCAGGCUCCAGUGGAUAUUUUGCCCCAUGCAGGUCAAGGCUUCGAGUUUUCAAAGGAAGACCUUUGGGCAGCAAUCACUGACGCAGUCCAUAAACGGCAUCCCCUGGUGGCCGGGACAGGGGACGACACCACUAACAACAUCGCCCGUGGUCAUGUCUAUGCCGUCCUUGGGGCCACGCUGAUGGACAUUGACGGGACCAGCCAUCGUGUGGUUCACUUAUUCAACCCAUGGGCCUUCAGCAAUUACAGGGGCAAGGUGCCAGCGCGGUUGAACCCAAAGAUCCGUCAGGGUUUCUUCUACAUGCUGUUUGACGAAUUCCUAUCCAGCGGAUCUGCCUUCGGCGCAACAACCGUCGCGAGAGUGCGCGACGGGUAUUCGGUGUCGGCAAGGCGGUUCGCCAAGCAGGAGCAGCGGAUCUCCAAGGUGGUGGAGUUCGAUGUGGCGUCCAGCGAGCCUUUCUCGGUGCAGUUGGAGUGGCCGAGCAGUCGGGUGAUGGAGAGAGCAGGAUGCGGCGACGUCGAUCCCAGGAUCUUUCUGCGGGUGACCACUGGCAAUGUGUCAGUAUCAAGCUCCCGGUCUGCGCUGCAAGAGUGGGCCAACCAGCCGAACGUCCGCGUUGAUUUGCCGGGCGGUCCGGGCACCUAUACAGUAGACUUCUUCGCGGAGUUCCCGUUGGGGCCAUGGCUGCGCGAAAUCGUGUUGAACACGUACGCAUCCGAGACUGUCACUUUCAAAGACGUGGGCCACAGCAGGUGGCCAGACACUAUCGUCCUCGACGGCUUUACGCGGCCUGACCUCAAUCAGCGGUUCACGGAGGUCCGCGAAGAGAAGUGGUGGGUCGGCAAUUUGGCGACAUUCUGGACCACUGGACCUACCAAGGAUGCUGGUCUUCGGAUUUCCUGUACUGGUGCACCAGCCUCAGGCAGUGGGCCGUCGCGGAGGAGAAGGAUUUUGACUGGGUUCGCAAGCAGGAUGGAUGCCCGGGCCUAGCCGCGGCGCCAAAGAACCUCGAGCUAGUGGAUCCCAGGAGCAAAGGGAACUGGUGGGAAAAUACGGCAGAUGACGACUGGGCCGACGACGCGUGGGUGCAGCGCCCGAACGCUGGUGUUUCAGCGGUCGAGCGCUGGUUGCACGACGAGUUCAGCAGCCCUGCGAUUCCAGCGUCCAUGGAGCCGUGUGAGCGCAUGCUCGACCGCCUGGACGAGUUGAACAAUUGGGUGGAGAUUUUAGACUACGCGGCCGAUCCAUCGUUCCCCCCAGAGGUCGUUUCAAUUGCCGAGCCAGGAAUGACGUGUGGGGAUUCGGCGCAGGGCAUCGAGCAGUCGUGCGAGUAUUACAACCACUGGGCCACCAUCGCUGACAUCAUGGCGAAUGGGUCCUCGACGCUGAAAUCAUGAAGCUCGCACUAGGCACGCGGAAGCGCACUCAGAAGGAAAAGUGCAAAGCUGUCGCUGGAAGCAACCGUUCACCAUCAUACAGGUCAAUAUUGAGGUCUGCAUUAUCGAUUCGUUUCGGCUCAAGGUUGUACGUGUCGUGCUGCGUUGCGGUGUUGCUGACGCUUGCCGAGUUGCUUUUUUUGGUGCGCUGUCGCGAAGCGCGUGCGAGUUAGAACAGUCAUCACGUAGAGUCGACUGGCAAAUGCCCGGUGGAUGGGCCUGUGAGCCUUAUGUAAGCAGCUUGCCUCGGGGGUACCCCGACAUCCGACGUCGUGUAGAAAGCACAACACCGUGAAACAACCACGACCAGAGCCACGGAUCCAAUCCUCUGCGCGUGGUUUUCAGGCCGUUUCGAUCUGUGGGGGUACUUGGGCCCG